UCUAGCGUCAAAUUAUCCCUAAUCCCCAUUCACCAUGAACAAAUCCUCAGAUGCAACUGCGUCUCCUACGUGCAGAGGCAGAUACAAAAAACCCAAUUUCCGAAGCUCCAAGUCCCAACCCCCAAGCCCCGUCCAGUUCAGCUCCAAGACGCCGGAGAAGCCGCCGCAGCGAAUCCGCAACCGUGGCGUCGCGCUCUCCGUCGCUGACAUCAGAAAGGCCGCCUGCAAGCGCUUGCAGGAUCAGAAGCAAUGCACUGAAAUGACGUCGGCGCCAUCGUCAUCGUCGCUGAACAAGAGUGUCAGGAGGCAAAUCUCACUGUGGCCUUCUUCUCCCAGCAAACCAAAGACUACUGAUGAUGAAUCCAACAAGCUUCCCGAGAAAUAUGAAAUUUUGGAUGAGUUCUUCGAUCGCUUGGAUACUUUGGUUUCAUUGCACCGUCUGAAACGGUGGACUCCAACCUUUACUUCAAUCAGUUCAAGGAUUGAAUCUUUAACUGACAGGAGGUUUACUCACAGUCAUCUAGCCCAGUUGAAAUUUAUCUUGCCUAAUGCUAUUGUUCUUAAGAAGCAUCUUGUGCUUGAUGAACGGACGAGUUGUAUGAAGCCGGAUAUUCACAUUUCUUUAGACCCUGAUGCGGUAGAGGCCGAUGAUGCCAAGUUGCCCCCACAACGUGGGAGAGUGUCGCUGAAGAAGGUGUUUCGGGCACGGCUAAGAGAUUUUUGUGAAUCUCAUCCUGAGGGUGAUGAAAUUCCAGAAGGGACAUUGCCUGAGCCAUUCAAUCGCCCAAAGAAAGACAGUGUUUUGGACAUGUUGGAAACUCGCCUCCCAACAAAAUUGCCACCCUGCAUGCGUUAUAGUGACAUUGUCAAUAAUGCAGAGUCUGCUAACUUGGAUGAGAAAUUGUCUGUACCUGUCAAUACAUCAGUUGAAUUGCCUAAUGAGCAUCUGGCAGCACCUUCUCACAUGUCUCCAUCCUUUAGAGCAGAUGAUGUACAGAAAAAUCCUCUGUUAGAUUUAUUACAGCCACUGGCUUUUCCAGUUUCAGAGUCAAGCCGGAAUGAAAAUACACCCUUUGUGGAUACUGAAUCUCAUCUGAAAACGUCCCCAGCUAAGUUGGCUUCAGAAGCAUCUAGUAGUGAAAGUUGUCUAACAAUUUGUGCUCCUCUGGAAUCAUCAUGUGCUCACCCUGCUACUCCAAGCAAAACCACUGAGUACACCGAAAACAAAGAUGGGUCUCUCAAGAGCAUUGAUGCCAUGUCAACUCCAGCUAAACUUGUUUCUACUCCAAUUAGGUUGAUGAGUGCCACACCUGCCUUGCGGUCACCCAAAAGGCAUUAUAUGAGCCCAGAUGACCACUCUAUCAGUUCUUUGAACAAGUUAGCUCGGCGUCCACCUCGCUCAAGGUCAUUGAAAUUUGACACUCCAGUGAAGAACAAGGAUGAUAUUUUUGACACCCUCCAAGAAAGUACUAUCCAAUCGAUUAGAGAAAAGGAAAGGCUGGCCAUGGAGAAAAGAGACCCAGCUAUCACAGAAGCAAAGAAACGAAAGAAAAAUAUAGCUAGCCUCCCUAAGCUCUUUGACAUGAUACGUGGGUUACUUAGACAGCGGAAUUGUAUCACUAAAGCAGAGCUUGUAAGCAAGAUAAUCUCAAGCCGAUGUGAUAUUGCUGACAGAAGUGAAGUUGAAGAGCAGCUAAAUUUGUUGCAAGAACUAGCACCAGAAUGGAUUUCUGAGAAGCAGGUCUCUAGUGGGGAUUUGCUAUUAUUCAUAAAUAAAAUGUUGAGCCCUGAAACCGUUCGAGCAUCCCUUGAAGAAGCAACAUAGGGAGCAAGGAGACAGAUAAAUUAAUUGAAAGUACCAUUGGAGGUUUAUUAAGGCUGGUGCUGUUUUGUACAGUGUUUUAGGCUACUCGUAGAUGAACUAUUUAUUUUCUUGAGUUGCUUGUAGUUGUCCAAUCGUGUGUGUGUGUGUGUGUGUCUCUCUCUCUCUCUCUCUCUCUCUCUCUCUCUCUCUCUAUAUAUAUAUAUAUAUAUAUAUAUAUAUAUUCUUUUUGGUGGAUUGGCUGUGCUUUUUUGUAAAAUGUGAGUACCACAAUACAGCCAGAUCAAAGGAAACACUCCUUUUUAAUUAUUUACCUAGGGUGUGGAUUGGCAGUGUUUUUUUGUACAGGAUAUAAUUCAUCCUAAUUUAAGCUGAUCAAUACGAUCUAUUUGAACUAGAUUAUGGCA